AAAUACCAGACCUUGAACGUGACCUAGACAAAACCUUGGAAAGCAUUUUUUUAAUUCGUGAGCGCUGGAAUAGCUCGAGACAUGGCUUCAUUGAAGAAUUUGGCCCUGGUCCUCUCUAUAGUUCAGCUAACCUGUGCGAUCGAGUUCUUAACACUCGACCAUCUUCGGAGUCGAACUUCGCCAGAUGUCCAGGCCACGGCGGCCACUGACCUCAUCAGGAGGAUCGUGGGGGACAGAUCCUCAGACUUCGACAUCAACGUCGACCCCACCAGUGGCCCCGCAGACAGGGACACCUUUACACUGGUACAGUCGGGGCAGAAGCUGUCCAUCACAGGGACCAGUGGUGUGGCGGUUGCCAUGGGAUUCUACUAUUACAUCAAGUACUACUGUGGGGGUCAGUUCACCUGGGCGGGGCAACAGAUCGCCCUGCCAGCAGAAUUACCUAAAGUGUCCGCGGUUACUAUAACCUCCAAUGACAGGUUCCGGUACUACCAGAAUGUCUGCACUGUCAGUUACUCCUUCGCCUGGUGGGACUGGGACCAGUGGGAACGUCAUAUAGACUGGAUGGCCUUGCAGGGAAUCAACCUGCCUCUGGCCUUCACGGGACAGGAGGCCAUCUUUCAGAGGGUCUAUUUGUCAAUGGGCUUCACGGUGCAAGAUAUGGAGGCUCAUUUCGGCGGCCCAGCAUUCUUAGCUUGGUCAAGGAUGGGAAACAUACGUGGCUUUGGCGGCCCUCUGCCUGAAUAUUGGAUGGACAGACAGUUGGCUCUCCAGCACAAGAUACUGGACCGGAUGAGGUCACUUGGCAUUAUUCCAGUACUUCCGGGUUUUGCCGGACAUGUGCCAGCCGCCAUUACAAGAGUGUUCCCCAAAGCCAAUGUGACUCGACUCGGGAGCUGGGCUAACUUCAAUGCCAAUUAUUCAGAAACCUACCUACUGGAUUUCAAUGACCCUCUGUUUACUACAAUCGGUUCCAAGUUCAUCAAGGCCAUGGAGGCCGAGUUUGGCAUUGAUCAUAUCUACAACGCAGAUAGUUUCAACGAGAUGACGCCAGCUUCGAGCGACCCAGCGUACUUGGCCUCGGCGGCACGAGGGGUGUAUAACGCCAUGGUUGCUGGAGAUUCACAGGCUAUUUGGUUGAUGCAGGGCUGGCUGUUUGUGUUCGGAACUUUCUGGAAGGAUCCUCAAAUCAAGGCCCUUCUUACCGCUGUGCCAAAGGGCAAGAUGAUUAUCCUGGAUCUGUACUCCGAGCAGACCCCAAUCUUCCCCCGCACCCACUCCUACUACGGUCAACCAUUCAUCUGGUGCAUGAUGCAUAAUUCUGGCGGACAUAACGACAUGUACGGCGAGCUGGACAAGAUCAACCAGGGUCCAUCAGCUGGCCGGUCCUUCCCUAACAGCACCAUGGUGGGCACAGGUCUCACCCCAGAGGGCAUCAACCAGAACGAGGUCAUGUACGAGUUUAUGAAUGAACAGGGGUGGAGGCCAGGACCUGUCAACACAACCGAGUGGAUAGAUCAGUAUCAAGCACAGCGAUACGGGGGAGGCAACACGAACACUUCCGCCGCCUGGGGUUAUCUCAGGCAAAGCGUCUACUCGUCGGGGCCUUCUGGUGUCACCAUCAUUCACCGGCCGUCUAUAGGCAGCCACGAAACGAUGGGCUACGAUCCCGAGAUGUUGUACAAGGCGUGGGACAAUAUGGUGGCCGCCACGUUUACAACGCCGGCGCUCCAUGCACAAACUCUGUUCAGGUACGACCUGGUUGACGUGUCCAGGAACAGCUUGCAGGUGCUCGCCAUCAAAUACUACUCUGAUGUCAUCGCAGCCUACAACAAGAGCGACACAGCCAGUCUCAGAUCUGCUGGCGCCAAGAUGAUCGACCUUCUGAGUGACCUUGACACACUCCUGGCUACUGACGUUCACUUCCUGCUGGGCACGUGGACCAGUGACGCGGCAAGACACUUCUCCACACCCCAGGAGAAGGCCUUGUAUGACUACAACUCGAGGAACCAGGUCACCCUGUGGGGGCCGUCUGGACAGAUCAUGGAUUAUGCUUGUAAGAUGUGGUCUGGACUGAUAAACAGAUACUACAAACCAAGGUGGCAGCUGUUUAUAAACACUUUAAUCAACUGUACGGAAACCAAAACAACGUUCGACAGUGGCGUGUACGGUCAGGAAGUGUUUGACACGGUGGAAAUACCAUUUUCCUACGACCAAACCGACUUCCCUAACGAACCCGAAGGUGAUGCCAUUGCAGCGGCGAUCCAGUUCCAUUCCAAAUACCGCCCAGAAACCAAGUCCACGUUCUUCUCUCAGUUCACCAACGUCCAUUCAUCGGACACCGUGGGCAAAUUCCACCAUGAUUAUGCCAAACGCUUUGGUCUGGCUUUGUAGUAGAGCAGAGGAAAUUAUGAUACCAAUGUAUGUCAAAUUUCUUAGACAUAAUGAGAAUAAACAUUAUUUGUUAAAAA